AUGGGGAUGGUCCCUCACCCCAGCAAUGCCGGAGCGUCCGGCGCGCAGGAUAAUCGAUAUGUAGGAUUUGGAAACACUCCCAACCCGCCCAAGAAAGAUGAAGACUUCGUGAACAACGCCAUGUCUUCCAUCUACUCGGGCUGGAGCAGCUUCACCGUUGGAGCCAGUAAGUUUGCGUCGGUCGCUAAAGACAGUACCACAAAAUUGGCCAGCCAAGCAACUCUGAAGGCUUCUGAAUUGGGACAGACGUUAAAUGACAGUGUUCUCAGGCCCACACAGGAGAAGGUGAAGGAUGGAAAGUUGUUUGAUGAAAUGGCCGUCAGCAUCACAGGUCUGGCCACAAAGGUUCAGGGUGCAGGCGCUAAAGGCUGGAAGGACAUGACGUCUUUCUUCGGUGGGAAACAAGAGGCCGCUGAUGAUGGUUCUGCUUAUGAAGAAGGAUAUCAGAACCAGGGGCCUAAGCGCGACUUCUGGGAAACCUUUGGUAGUAACUCGGCUCUCAGCGGCAACUCUGUAGAGAGGAGCUCAGAAGACCAGUCCAACAACAAGAAUAGUGCUGCAGACAGCUGGGACACCUGGGACAACGACUGGGAGAAAGCUGGAGAUGACAAGGACAAGAAGAGCACGUCGAAAGCGACCGAGGACUCUUGGGACAACAGCGGCUGGUAGACCUGCAGAGGGUUUGUGUGUUUGCUUUCAUUGGCCUGUCCUGUACAACACGCAUCACAAACACACCUCUGACUGGACGUGUCCCUCGUUUCGCCUGUCGUUGUUCGUUUCUGUUGAGAAUAGGUUGAUAAAGAUCUUUUUGAUGUCUCUGUCCAUGAUGGAGAUGUUUAAUAUUACAGUAUAAAGUUUGAUAUUAUAGUGGAUUUGACACCAGCAGAAAUCUGCAUGUCAUCUGCUGUUUGUGGUCCGUAGAUCAUAAAGCUUCAGAUCGCAGUGGCUUUCCUGUGUUAUGACAGAAUCCUGUUUGUUCAUGGUUUUUUAUUUUAUAUGUAUGUGUUCAUUAUAUAUGUGUAUAUAUGAUGAGCUGUCAAACAGAUUCCUAUUCAAAAAAAAAAAAAUGCAUUUUUAUCAGCAAAAUCGUUCAGGCUUCCUGUUCAUGAUGUAAUCACCAUAACCAAACGUUCGUCUGUAGAAGCAUGACGCAUGGGCUUUUCAUCGUUUUAGUUAAUAUCCUUCAGUUCAUCAUCCAUCACCUCAUGGCCUUUUUAUAGAAAUCAACUAAUAUUCUUUUUUUUUGUGUGUGUGUUGGGCAUUUAUAAUCAUGUUAUGUAUUUAGUUUGUUUGUUUCCUCCUGUAAUAUUAUCUCGUGUUGUCCAUGAUGUGAAAUGUGCUGUUCAUGAGCUCUUGGAUUACAUGAAAGAACAAAUUAUCUCAAAGAUUUCCUGUGAAACUCAAGACUUGGACAUCAAACAUCAUUAUUUAUUCAUGUUUUUCAUUUAUUUUGUUCUUUUAUUUGUGAUUUCGGCUAAACGGGAUGUUUCUCCUUACCUCAGUAAUAAGGUGGUUGUUUUCUGUAUUGUCAAGUUUGCCCCGAAUCUCUUUGAUAUUGAAUAUUGCUGUUAUUCACACAUCAUGUGUUCAUGAAUUCAUUGACAUCUACUGCUUUAUGGAUGUACCUGACUAACACAUCUCUGCUAUGUAUGUUUGAACUGUAACAAUGCCUGCUGUGUCUGAGGAACGUGGGUGAGCUACACUAUAUUCUGUUAGUUAAAUAGUAUAGUUAAUAAAGCUUUAAACAC